ACAACUCGACGUCAUUGACCGGAAGUGACGUCUCGAGCGCCUCGGCAUCUCAGCGCGCGAAAUUUCAGCGGAGUGAAAACAGCGCAGAGAGUUCGGAUUUGUUUCUAGUCUACUGAGGAGAGAAAAAGAAGAAAUGAGUAAAAAAGACUCGGGAGCUGCAGACCUCAUCCUGUCUUAUCUGAAUGAGAAAAACAGACCGUACAGCGCUCAGGAUGUGUUCGGUAACCUGCAGAAGCAACACGGACUUGGAAAAACGGCAGUGGUGAAGGCCAUGGAGCAGCUGGCACAAGAUGGCCGGAUCAGAGAGAAGGUCUACGGCAAGCAGAAGAUCUACUUUGCAGAUCAGUCUCAGUUCUCAGAUGUAAGUGACUCGGACCUAAAGCAGAUGGACAGCCGCAUUUCGGAGCUCAGCAGACAGGUGGAGACGGCGACGCAGAGCUGCAGGCAACUCGAUACAGAGCUGAAGGAGCUGAACAGCUCGCUGACCACAGUGGAGAUGACCAUGCAGAUUAAGGAGCUGAGGGCUGAUGAAGGCUACAUCACUCGAUUGAAAAAAAUCAAAACGGCCACCAAUCACGUCACGCCCGAGGAGAGAGAGAAGGUGUACAAGGAGAGGAUCCUCUACGUGAAAGAGUGGAAGAAACGCAAGAGACUGGCCGCUGAUAUGAUGGGAGCCAUUCUUGAGGGUUACCCGAAGAGCAAGAAGGAAUUUCUGGAAGAGGUAGGAGUCGAAACGGAUGAGGACCAUAAAGUGAAGAUUCCUAACGUCUGACACCUACAGGAAUCCCGAGACGGGAACGAGAUCGGACGUUACCACGCCGGACGGAGAGAAGAUAUUUAAGAAGAUAUGGCACUAUUAUUUAUAAAGAAAAAAACGGCACAGCACUGUAAAUAAUUUUCAACAUUAAAACGUUUAUUUUUUUCC